CACACACACACACACACACAGAAAGAGAAAGAGAAAGGGGGGCAAUUCGUGGCCACUAAUGCCCCCUUUCUUCAGCAGGCAAAACCUCAUUCGCCAUUUUGGGCUCGUCCAAUAGCAGAAAUGUCCUCGUUCCGUUUGGGCGCGUGACUCGACCUCGGUUCCGCCGUCUCUUCUCUCCUGACUCGCGCGCCGCCGCUGUGCUCGAGCCCCGCUCAACGACAUGGCUCGUCAGGGCUCGUUACUUUCCGUGUGAGACAAACGCACGCGCGCGCACGGCUGUCGGGCGUCCGUUCCAGUCCGAUUCGGGAGGAGAAGCCAGAGGAAGAUGAGCGAGAAGAACGCGGAAAGUCGCACUUCGACGCCGCCGAGAGGCUCUUCGUUUUUCAUCGAGAACCUUCUGGGCUCCGGUCGCGUCGAGCCGCCGCUCCAGGACGGCGAGCAGGGCGCGAGAGGCGGCGCUCCCCGGGCCAGCUGUGCGAGUCGCCCUGAAGAAGCUGCCACGAGCUCCGACACACCCUCUCGCCGGCAGAUCGCGAGGCUCGGUGACGUUCCGCGCGCUGAGAGUCCGAGAGAGUGCACGCGCAGCUCGGACGAGCACUCGGACUCCGUGUGCAGCGACAGCUACUCGCCGGCGAGGAGGCGCGCGGACCAGGAGCCCGAGGCUGAGGCGGGCGAUGCGGGCUCGGCGCGCAGGAAGAAGACGCGCACGGUGUUCUCGCGCAGCCAGGUCUUCCAGCUCGAGUCCACGUUCGACGCCAAGCGCUAUCUGAGCAGCUCGGAGCGCGCGGGCCUCGCCGCCUCGCUCCGCCUCACCGAGACGCAGGUGAAGAUCUGGUUCCAGAACCGCAGGAACAAGUGGAAGCGGCAGCUGCACGCGGACCUCGAGGCCGCAGCCGCCGCAGCCGCCGCUGCCUCCCACGCGCCCCAGCGCGUCGUGCGCGUGCCCGUGUUGUAUCGCGAGAGUUUCCCGGCGCCAGUGGCCGGCUUCGCGGACGCAGUGAGCUUCCCCCUCACGUCCCUCGCGCACUCUAUGAACGUGCUGAGGGCGCAGAUGACCGGGCUGGUCUGAGCGGGACUGGACCGGGGGUGGGGUGGGUUUAUACAGAACACAGACCAAGCAGAGGUUCUGGUACUUCAGGAAGACGGGACAGUGUGUUGGGUAAUACGGGAGCGCCGGGUUUGUGGUUUCAUUAUUUAGGGGUGAAUGACAUGCGUGCCCCACAUUACCAAACACAUGGUCCCGAUCACAAUAUACAGUAUAUAAUGUACACUAAAGGUGGAGUCAGGCGUCACGGGCCAUCAGAAAUAAAGGAGUGUGUGUUGGGUGCUUUAGGACAGUGUGUUCAGUACUAUGGGACAGACUGAUGUUUGUGUGUUGGGCAAUGUGUGAGAUGUGGAAGAGUGUCUUGGGUAA